CCUCCUCUCUACUAGAAUGAACUACAAGUGCGAAGUCAUACUACACUGCUUAGUGUAUUACAUAGAGAGGGAGAGGGAAACACUGUCCCCGAGGGCAUUUUACGGUUAACAGUUACAUAUAGACAUCACUUAUUUUCAGUUACGGGGCAAUGGAGUCUCAUGUAAACGCGAAACGGCUUUUUAAUCACGCGCAAACCCUGAAGCUUCACACGGGGAAUUUAGUGAGCCGCAGUCGACUUAAGAAGAAAUGUCCGUCUUCGCCUAGUGAGGAGCUUCAAGACUGCAUCCAAGGCACGCUGAGCGAGUGGUUUGCCUCAAUCCCAUCAACUCUUGACUGUGAGCUUCCCUGUGUUUUGGACUGCACCAUUCCAGAAAACACAGAGGCCAUUACUCCAGAGGAGAGAGAUGAAUUGAAAGUGUCUGUCAAGCUUUUUCUCUCUGAGUCAGACCCCUCAUCUAUCAGAAAUGCUGUAGAUAUGGCUUGUCUAUCGUUAGGUGUGUCUCAGCUGGACUCGGUGAUCAUUGCCCCACCUUCACUCCCUGAGGGCGAGGCUCAGACGCUGGCCCAUCUGCAGCCGCUGUGGGAAGAGCUGGAGGGUCUCGUGCAUAGCCAGAAAAUCGCUGCCAUUGGCACUUCAGACUUGGACAAAACCCUUCUGGAGCAGCUCUAUAACUGGGCUCAGGUAAAGCCAAGUAGUAAUCAGGUGAAUCUGGCCUCCUGCUGUGUGAUGCCUCCAGAUCUCACUGCCUUUGCUAAAGAGUUUGACAUACAGUUGCUAACUCACAAUGACCCCAAAGAGCUAAUCAGUGCAGCAGGCUUCCAGGAAGCAGUGCAGAAGAGCAGUAAGGAGCUGCAUGUGGCCGACUGGAGGCUGGAGUGGGUCUUGCGCUACUCCAUCAUCGUAAAGAGCAGAGGCAUCAUAAAAUCCAAGGGCUACAUCGUUCAUGCUAAAAAGAGCAGCGACCAUUAACGCAUCCUGUUUGAGCAGGGUCCCCCCCGAAUUCUAUUCUACCAAAUUGUUUAGAGAACAUAAUUAAUCUGUGAUGCAUUCAGCACUUGAAAGUGAAUUUGAGUCUUUUUUUUUUUUUUUUUUUUUAUGGAAGAAAUGGAAAUUCACUUGACUCUUGAAUACCUCAAACAUAACAAUCAAACAGAAUAUAGUUUAUACAACUUCUAUUCUUUGGCCUUUUUUCCUUAUACUUAAGAAUUUUCAGAUGGUUAUCGGUUCCUGUAGACAUAUGCAAAGUGCCUCUUUUUGUCUGUUUUUGUUAGCCAUUUUUAUUUUGUAAAUUUUUAUUUUGUUUUCCUCUUUGCUCAUCCCCAGUAUUUGUCCAGUGGGUAAAGUUAACAGUGGGUGCUGAGUCUGCAGAAUUAGGAAUGGAGAUGCUUCAAAUCCCAAAAGGUUGUUUUUGUGAGCUAGUUAGGUAUUUAAGUACAUGAAAGCGCAGAGUUUUAACUAAGAGGACUAUAACGCCAAAAAAAGUGUUAUUUUCAAGCAGAUUUCUAGAAGAGAUACCUGUAUUGCCAUAAUGGUUUGGGUGAAAAACUUGUCAUGUGUUUUAUUUAAAAAUGUUUACCAUGAAUGGGGUUUUACAAACAGUGUGCCACAAAGUUUUUUACUUUAAAUUUUAAGUACUGCUGGCGUUUUAAGUUUAAUUUAUUUUGGCUGAUGCUCUGCUUAGAAUAUUCAUUAGAUGUUUUGUUACUUGUCAAUAGAAAAUUCUGUCCCCUUUUCAUCCCUGUGUAAAGGUAAUGCUUUGCUAAUCUGAGAUAAAAGAAAUAUUCAAAUGAGUAACUUUAGUGGGAUGCUGUUAGCAUGCAUUGCAUGAACAUCAUUAAUUAGUUGUAUAUAAAACACUGGAAAAUUCCACACUUUAAGGGAAAGAAAUUUGUAGUUUCAUUAUCUAGCAGAUUGUAAGAAUAUAUAUUUUUACCUGUGUUAUUUAUAAAGUGUAAAGAUGUUUCCUGUUGGGUCCAAAUCAUAUAAGAAAGAGUUUUUCAUGUACUGUACAUGUCAUUACUAUUUUCAAAUCCCAUAUUGUGUAAUACAUAUACAUAUUUUUAACCUAGAUUAUAAACUUAAGAAUUUAAAAUGAA